UCUGUCAGUGUCCAUUCUAGUUGGGCUAGCAACAAAUGUAGAAUUAAUAAUGCUAGCAAUGGAUGUGAUCGUGGAAGCAGAAUAACUUUUUUUUUUUUUGGUAAAUGUGAAUCACAUUUUGUCGUACUCCCGACGGUAUUGCCUACCCCAGUUUGGGAAUACCUGCUCUAGGUCAACUCAAGCGCCACAUUCACUGUUCUCGUUAUCACCUGCCGCCAUAUUGGAAGAACUACCAGUGGAAGAGGAGGAAAACGGAAAUAUUGCUUCUAUGUGUCGCUACUUUCGUUGUAGUAUAAUUAAAACCAGGGUUAAAACAGUCAUCCGUAGUUGUAUGUGUCGGACAAAUUUAAGUGGUUUAUAAUAUCGGUCAGUGAGAAUCCCGAGGCGAAAAGGGGUUUCGUCUUUUUUUUAACUUGUAAAUAUGACUUCCCUGACACAGCGGAGCUCCGGCCUAGUCCAGAGGCGGACCGAGGCCUCUCGUACUUCUGCCGCCGACAAGGACAGAGGGUCCGGGGAUGAGGAUUUCGAGACCCGCCGCGGAGCAGAAGAAGAAGAAGAGGAGGUGGAGGAUAAAGGAGACUGUAAAGAAACUCGACUCACAUUGAUGGAAGAAGUGUUACUCUUGGGAUUAAAGGACCGAGAGGGCUACACGUCGUUCUGGAAUGACUGCAUCUCGUCGGGGCUGCGUGGCUGCAUGCUCAUAGAGCUGGCUAUCAGAGGACGACUACAGCUGGAGGCCUGCGGCAUGAGGAGGAAAAGCCUACUCGCCAGGAAGGUGAUCUGUAAGUCAGACGCUCCGACGGGAGACGUGCUAUUGGACGAGGCUCUGAAACACGUGAAGGAGACCCAGCCCUCAGAGACGGUGCAGAGCUGGAUCGAGCUGCUCAGCGGCGAGACGUGGAACCCUCUAAAGCUGCACUACCAGCUGAGGAACGUGAGGGAGCGCCUGGCCAAGAACCUGGUGGAAAAGGGCGUGCUGACCACGGAGAAACAGAACUUCCUGCUCUUCGACAUGACCACUCACCCGCUCACCAACAACAACCUCAAACAACGCCUCAUCAAGAGGGUUCAGGAGGCCUUGUUGGAGAAAUGGGUCAACGACCCGCACCGCAUGGACAAGCGGCUGCUCGCCCUCAUCUUCCUGGCCCACUCGUCUGAUGUCCUGGAGAAUGCCUUUUCACCUUUGUUGGACGACCAGUACGACCUGGCCAUGAAGAGAGUACGGCAGCUCCUGGACCUGGAGCCGGAGGGAGAGAGCACGAAGGCUAACGCCAAUGAGUUGUUGUGGGCCGUGGUGGCCGCCUUUACCAAGUGACCUGACCUACCACCUUUCAGACACCAGGGGGUGCUGUUGGUUUGGCGUUGGGGUAGAGGGAGAGGACAGGACAGUUUGGGGGGGGCUGGUCUGUCUGGCCCAUCAAGGUAGUGACUUGACUGACUUGAGGUCACCUCCCUCUGUCUUUCUGAAGAGACUGGUCUGUUCUAGACCUGUCCCACAGCUUUCUGAACAGAAUGGUCUGUUCCUGACCUGUCCCACAGCUUUCUGAACAGAAUGGUCUGUUCCAGACCUGUCCCUCAGCUUACUGAACAGAAUGGUCUGUUCCAGACCUGUCCCACAGCUUACUGAACAGAAUGGUCUGUUCCAGACCUGUCCCACAGCUUACUGAACAGAAUGGACUGUUCCAGACCUGUCCCACAGCUUACUGAACAGAAUGGUCUGUUCCUGACGUGUCCCUCAGCUUACUGAACAGAAUGGUCUGUUCCAGACCUGUCCCACAGCUUACUGAACAGAAUGGUCUGUUCCAGACCUGUCCCACAGCUUUCUGAACAGAAUGGUCUGUUUGAAACCUGUCCCACAGCUUACUGAACAGAAUGGUCUGUUCCAGACCUGUCCCACAGCUUACUGAACAGAAUGGUCUGUUCCAGACCUGUCCCACAGCUUACUGAACAGAAUGGACUGUUCCAGACCUGUCCCACAGCUUACUGAACAGAAUGGUCUGUUCCAGACCUGUCCCACAGCUUACUGAACAGAAUGGACUGUUCCAGACCUGUCCCACAGCUUACUGAACAGAAUGGUCUGUUCCUGACCUGUCCCACAGCUUACUGAACAGAAUGGUCUGUUCCAGACCUGUCCCACAGCUUACUGAACAGAAUGGUCUGUUCCAGACCUGUCCCACAGCUUACUGAACAGAAUGGACUGUUCCAGACCUGUCCCACAGCUUUCUGAACAGAAUGGUCUGUUCCAGACCUGUCCCACAGCUUACUGAACAGAAUGGACUGUUCCAGACCUGUCCCACAGCUUUCUGAACAGAAUGGUCUGUUUGAAACCUGUCCCACAGCUUACUGAACAGAAAAUCUCUCUCUCCCUCUGUCCUUCACCUUUUCCCUUCAUCAAGCUCUUUCUCUCUGCACGAUGUCAUUUAAUCACUCACUUUUACGAAAAGAAAUUAAAUAAAAACUCCCUCUAAUGGAGUGACAAGCAAUGUUUUGAAUACUGGACUGAAAUAAUACAAUCAUCAUCCUCUUCCUCCCUGGACAAAUCUUUUAGAAAUGUCUUUAAAGUAUGUAUGGUAUUCUGUACAGGUAUGUAGCUCUUACUCACUAUAAUCUACAGUGGGAUCCAUAAGUAUUGGGACAGGGGACACAUUUGUUGUUGAUUUGACUCUGUACUGCAGCACUUUGAAAUGUUAAAGUAUACAUUAUGACUAUGGAGGUUAAAGUGCAGACUGUCAGCUUUCAUUAGAGUGUAUUUUCAUUCAUAUCGGGUAAACCGUUUAGAAAGUACAGCACUUUCUGUAC